UUUCCCAUCAAAAUGAUGUAAAAUUCAUGGAAAAGAUAUCUUAAAGGAGUUUGUACAUUUUGACCCCGAGGCGGAAAUUAUGUGACAAAGGUGUGUUAAUUAGCAAGUCGUUUAGCUUCAGGUGCAAAACUAUUAUGACGUCAGAAAUAUUCAAGCAUCAUUAUUAAUACAUUAUCGUUAGAAUGUCCGCUGAAGGGAGGUAACACUGCCGAGUUCGAUUCGCGAUCCCAGCGCGGCGUGAGACCUAUAUUAAUAUAAGACGUUUAACAUACAGUAUGGCUGUUCUUUCGUCAAGCACUGGGCCUUAGCAAAAGUUACUAGUCUUUCGAUUAUGACCUUAAAAACGGCCAUCCCGUGUCACGAUAGGCCUCGCUGCGAUAACGAACUCUUCCUGUUGCGGACUUAACGCCAUUCCUGGUUCACAAUGUGGCACUUCACAUACACAGUUAUAUAAGCCAUGUAUUCUUGAAAGGGAUUUUUAUGCAAAACAAUAAAGACAUCAAACCUGCUAUUAAUAAAAUCUUAUCUUGUCAAUUUUCCUCUUCAGAGAAACUUGGCCCACUACCUGACUUGUACAACCUGCGUGCAAAUCCGACCCACUGAUGGUCCUCGUGUAUAAAACUAGAAUUAUCAGUCAAGGCAGGGGUCGUCAUGUCAAUGUAAGGACUGCUGAGCUGCCCCAAAUAUAUGUAUUGUAUAUAUAUGCAUUAGCUGAAUAAGAUGAGUCCUCUCGCGACAUAUUUGGUGCUGAUUUGUGUUCUGUUGAAAAUUGGCUUCUAUGCGUCACUUCCCCAAGACAAGCGAUUUUUGAUGCAGAAUGGUAUGCACCUAAAACGUACAGAUCUUUGCAAUGAGUGUACAAAAUGCAAGUGUUUUCCGCACGCAACAUUGGACUUUUCCUGUGCCGUAGUAGAAAAUUACGGAUAUGGUUUUUGCGAGCAGUAUAUUUGUAAUAUCACGUGUCCUACAGCAACGACAACGGUAUCCCAGCCCCAUCCGGUCACGUGUAACAAAACUUCCGCCAUCACAGCAGUAGCCCUGAACCAGCCUGUUAAGAAUUCCUCCGUCAGCUCGUGCUUAGACAUUUACUACCAACCCCCAGAAGCCUUAGUAACACUAAACUGUGGAAUUCCAUCCGUCCAAAGUUGGAAACAGGGACAAAAGGUAGUUGAAGCUUGCCGUUCGAAUUUCAACACUACUUUGCCCUAUACUCCAGUAUCAACCUUCACGCAUAGUCAUCAUGACGUCAUAUCCGGCAUUUUAGUCCAUUGCACUAGCGAAGGAUUUACGAUGAUAGCCCAGACAUGUACAUCGUCUCCUGGUGUCAUGAACAUUACCCAUAACUCUAAAUACCACGCACAGGAUUUUCAUUUUAUAUUAUCAUGACAGUUAUUUAUGUUACGAACAAUCAUAAUUUAUUUUGAAUAUAACUCUAAACUACUUUCAAUUGUAAAAAAUAUGAAAAUUUG